CUUUUCUUCAUCAAGCACAAGAUGAUUGGAUUUCGUUGGAUUUUAUUAUUUCUUUGCAUUUUUGGAAAUCCUUUAGUUCAUGCUAAAAAGGGAGCUCCAUACGAGAAGUAUGGUUCUUCCAAAUCUGCUAUUUAUGCUUGUAAUUUAUAUAUAAGCUCAGUUGGUAUUUUCUGUGAACCAUCAACGGACUAUUAUGCUACCUACGCUUGUAUUUGUCAAAACGAUAAUGCAAGAGCUACUUUUGCCGGUUGUCUUAACGUAAAAAAUCAAAUAACUAAGGAUGUUGUUGAUGAUAUUAAUAAAAUGGGUGCUACUUAUAAUCUUUCUUGUACUGUUCAAGAUUAUAAAGAUUCUUUGCAAAAUUAUACUAAAUAUGCUAAACUUCCAAGCGAAAUUGAAAAUUAUAAUAUUUCGGUGCCAGUUAAUGUUCCAAUCAAAUUGAAUGAUUCAACAACCGCUUUGUACUUUAGAGCUUAUGAUCAAUUCUUGGGUAAUUAUGAUAACUCUUUAUACUACGGUCUUGCCUUAACCGAGUAUUUUGCUCUUGUGUUUGUGUUGGCUAUUAUUGCAAAUUGGUCGAAAGUUUUAUUCCCCAAAAUUGUUGGUAAAUUUACUGGCCCAAUAUCAAAUACCUAUAGAAAAUACAUUAGUUUACCAGCUUUUAUCAGAAGAAAAAAGACUCAAGAACAAGUAUUCUUCAAAGUUUUUGAUUUCUUAGUUCCUUCAAGAUUAGAGUCUUUGAUCCUUUUUGGUUUUCUUGCUUUAACUAUUGCGGUUUCUGGUGCAAACAUUAAAUAUAUUGAGAAUGAUCCAGUUUUUGCAACCAAAGGUCAAGCCAUAGCUCGUUAUAUCGCUGAUAGAACUGGUAUUACAGCUACUUUGAACAUGCCUUUAUUAAUUUUAUUCGCUGGUCGUAAUAAUUUCCUACAAUGGUUGACUAGAUGGGAUUUCGCCACAUUUAUUUGCUAUCAUAGAUGGGUUGCAAGAGUUAUAUUCUUGUUAGUAGUGGUUCAUGCUUCUUGUUUCACUCAUCUUUAUUUAUUACGUGGCUACUAUGCUGCUGAAAUGAAAGAAACAUUUCUCGUAUGGGGUACUAUCGCCACGGUUGCUGGUGGUAUUAUCAUGGUUCAAGGUAUGCUUUUUUUAAGAAGAGCAUGGUAUGAAAUUUUUUUAUUAGUUCAUAUAAUUAUGGCUGCUUUAUUUAUUGGUGGUGCUUGGAUUCACGUUGAAGAGUUAGGUUACGUUUGGAUUGUUUAUUCAGUUGUUGCAGUUUGGUGUUUUGAUCGUGCCGUUAGAGUUGGUAGAUUAUUUUGGUUUGGAUUUCCUAAAUCUGAAGUUAUCCUAUUAGCUGAUGAAACUUUGAAAGUUAUAGUUCCAAAACCAAAAUAUUGGAAAUCAGUCCCUGGAGGUCAUGCUUUCAUUCAUUUCUUAAGACCAUCUUGUUUUUGGCAAUCUCAUCCUUUCACUUUCACUGAUUCUAAAGUUAGAGGUGACAAUAUCGUUCUUUAUUGUAAAGUCAAAGGUGGUGUAACUCAUGGUUUAUAUCAAUACUUAUCUACCCAUCCAGGUAAAACCACCAAAAUCAGAGUUGCAUUAGAAGGUCCAUACGGUGAAGCCACACCAGCUAAAAGUUAUGACACUGCUAACUUUGUUGCUGGUGGUAACGGUAUUCCAGGUAUUUAUUCUGAAGUUGUUGAUUUAGCACGUCGUUCUCGUGAAAAUUCAAAGCAACAUCUUAAACUUACUUGGAUUGUUAGAGAAUAUAAAUCUUUAUACUGGUUUUAUGAAGAGCUAAUCGCUUUAAAAGAUACCAAAAUUGAAACCACCAUCUACGUUACAAAGCCAAAUUUAUUCAAUUGUAUUGAAGAAUUCAACUAUAGACUUCCAAUUAUCACUAAUGAACCAAGAUCAUCUGAUGCGGAGAUUAAUGAAAUCAAAGAUGAAGAAAGAAAAGAAUUAGGAUUAGAAUUCAAGACUACUGAUAUUAAAUACAAUGAAGAAAAGAAACAUUUUGGUUCUAGUGAUGACGAAAGCGAAGAUCAAGCUGAUUUACAAAUUAGAGUUGUCAACCAAAUCAAAGCAGAAUUAUCACAUAUUCAAUUCAAGGAAGGUCGUCCAGAUAUGGAAGAACUUGUUAAACAAGAAGUUGAAGAAUCCAAUGGAUCAGUUGCUUUCGUAACAUGUGGACACCCAGUAAUGGUUGAUGAUUUGCGAUACAGUGUUGUUCAAAAUUUGGAUAAUCCGGAUGGCAAAAGAUUAGACUUCUUUGAACAAUUACAAGUCUGGGCUUAAUACAAUACACUCUUGUCUAUAGUUUCUUUUCUUCUUAUUUAUGGGCGUUUAAACCUUGCUUGAUUUUCAGAUUUUAUUUUCACUCUUAUAAUUUCGUUAUACUUUUCAAUUCUCUUUUCUAAUCGAUUCAACUAGAUAAUAAUAUAAG